UAAGUAUCACUUUUUAAAUAAAAUAAGAAUACACAUAUAGUAACCCAGCUUCCAAUUUCUAACACUAAAUGGAAAAUGAGGAUGAGGAUCAUAGACCCGGUUGGGGACGCACCUGUAGUCAUGGCUGCCUACUGCCACUGCGCAUCGUCAUCACCUUAAUGGGUUUCUUUUCGUUAAUCUGUGCCUAUACGAAUCGCGUCUCGCUUUCCCAUGUUAUCACCAAGCUGGUAGUACCCAUAAAUCGAACGGAUGCGGAUGGUAUAAUAGGGGAGGUGGUGUGCCCCAAGGAGGAGGAGCCGAAGAACGACAAAGGAUACAAUAACGAAGGCACUUACGAAUGGUCCGAGCAGCUACAGGGCUUAGUUCUGGGCAGCUUCUACAUCGGCUACCUACUCACCCAUCUGCCCGGAGGCAUAUUGGCGGACAAGUUUGGCGCAAAAUGGAUCUUGGCCAUCUGCACAUUGAUAUCCGGCGUGAGCACUGCUUUGUCCCCGCUUGCUCUUGAAUAUGGCGCCGAAUGGGGAUUGAUGGCAAUCCGUAUUAUAAUGGGCGCCGCACAAGGACCCGUUUUCCCGGCUCUGACCACACUCCUCUCAUAUUGGGUACCCGCCAAGGAGCGCGGCUCAUUGGGCACAUUCUGUUACAGCGGGGUGACUGCAGGUACCGUCAUUAGCAACUUAUGUUCUGGGCUUAUGCUUCACUACUAUCAUUGGCCGAUAACACUCUACGUUUUUGGCAUUCUAGCUGUGAUCUGGUUUAUAUUCUUUAUAUUCCUGUGCACCAGUGCACCCAAAACACAUCCAUGCAUCAAACCUAAGGAGAUGGCUUAUCUAUACGAAAAGAUACCAGAAAAGUCGGGUAAGCUGCCUAUACCCUGGAAAAAAUUGCUGCUUAGCAAGGCUUUGUUCGCUGUGAUCAUCAGUCAGAUGGGUCAUGACUGGGGAUACUUUGUGAUGAUAUCCUGCCUGCCCAAGUACAUGGCCGAUGUACUUCAGUUUUCCAUACGCUCCAACGGCAUCAUGACCUCUUUCCCUUUUAUUGCUAUGUGGUGCAGCACCCUCAUUUGUGGAUGUCUGGCCGAUUGGCUAAUUCGUACAGAAAAAAUGUCCAGAAAUAUAGAACGCAAAUUGUUUACGCUUAUUGCUGCCUUUUUUCCUGGAGCGUUUAUGGUUAUAGCCUCGUAUGCUGGAUGCAAUAAGAUAUUGGUUGUGGUAUGUUUUACCCUAUCGUUGUUUACCAUGGGUCCGUACUAUGCUGGCCAGAAGCUGACGCCUAUGGACAUGUCACCCAGUUAUUCGGGAACCAUUAUGGCCCUCACUAAUGGACUCGGUGCUAUAGCCGGCCUGUUGUCACCUCCCAUUGUCGGUGUUAUGACACCUAACGCAACCUUGAAUGAAUGGCGUGGGGUAUUCUGGUUGGCUUUUGCUAUACUGCUAUUAUCUGCCAUCAUAUUUUGGAUCUGGGGUACGGCCGAGGUACAGUCAUACGAUCCAAAUUACUCCGCGGAAAAGAACCAAGAAAAGUGAAUAUUAUUGGCGAAGAACACUUGGUACGUCAAUCGUAUCUUUAUAAUAUUAUGGUCGUGAAGAAUAUCAGCAAUACGCAUAUAUUAGGGAUGUAUAUUUAAAUCCUAUGUGCAUCAGUGAAAUAAGAAAUUAAUGGGUAUACAUACGAAA